GAGAAGGAAAAAAAGAAGUGGAAGUUUAAAGUAAACAUUACGGAAAGUUAAGUGGUUAUGAGGAGUGAAUCACCGACGAGUGGGUGUGGUGCGUGGGUUCCUCCUACUUUAUGUAAAUGGGGGAAGUGUGGAGGGAAGUUUGCAAAAAAAAAAAAAAAAAAGACGACGAAAAGAAAGGACAGCCCUUCUGUUGUCGGCCCAAUGAAAGCGAGCCUCGGCUGACACCUGGCUAUAAACCCACGGAAGGGAAAAGCCCAAAGUCCACAGCAGCGUCCGCUUACUUUUUCGCUCGCUCGCUCGCUUGGUUGCUCGUGGGGGGGGGGGACGCACACACACACAAAAAAAAAAAUAAAACCAAAAAAAAAAAAAAACAAGGAAAAAAAAAAAGAGAAAGACACUCCGCGAUGACUUCCAGCGAGAUUCACAUGCCCGGGGAGGUGAAGAGCGACCCGGCCGCCCUCAUGGCAUCCCUGCAGCUCAUGCCCACGCCGGUGCCCAACCCGGAGAUCAAGUACACCAAGAUUUUUAUCAAUAACGAGUGGCAGGACUCCGUCAGCGGCAAGGUUUUUCCAGCUUUGAACCCGGCGACUGGAGAGCAGAUAUGCGACGUCCAAGAAGCAGAUAAGGCCGAUGUUGAUAAAGCAGUUCAGGCGGCGCGUCUCGCCUUUUCAUUGGGUUCUGUAUGGCGAAGGAUGGACGCAUCCGAGCGGGGACGACUACUGUCCAAGCUGGCAGAUCUGGUGGAGAGAGACAGCAUCUAUCUGGCUACUAUCGAGUCACUGAACAGCGGGAAGCCUUUUCUGACCACUCUGUUUGUGGACCUUCAAGGGACCAUAAAGACAUUGAGAUACUUUGCUGGAUAUGCAGACAAGAUUCAUGGCACUUCGAUUCCGAUGGACGGAGAGUAUUUGACAUUUACCAGAUAUGAGCCCAUUGGAGUUUGCGGACAAAUUAUCCCUUGGAACUUCCCUCUGAUGAUGACCGCAUGGAAGCUGGGGCCAGCGCUGGCAUGUGGAAAUACUGUAGUCCUCAAACCUGCUGAGCAGACGCCGCUCACCUGCCUCUAUGUGGCGGCACUUGUCAAAGAGGCCGGCUUUCCACCGGGAGUCGUCAAUAUUUUGCCGGGAUUCGGGCCAACGGCGGGAGCGGCGAUCGCUUCGCACAUGGGCAUCGACAAAGUGGCGUUCACGGGCUCGACAGAGGUUGGAAAACUGAUCCAGGAAGCAGCCGGGAAGACGAACCUGAAGAGAGUGACGCUGGAGCUGGGAGGCAAGAAUCCAAACAUCAUAUUUGCAGAUGCAGACUUGGAUUUGGCUGUCGAAGAGGCCCACCAGGGCGUGUUCUUCAACGCCGGCCAGUGUUGCACCGCAGGCUCGCGGGUUUUUGUGGAGGAGCCCAUCUAUGAGGAGUUUGUCCGCAGGAGUGUGGAAAGAGCCAAGAGGAGGACGGUGGGCAGCCCAUUUGAUCCCACUGCAGAGCAGGGUCCGCAGAUCAGUCGGGAGCAUCAGAAUCGCGUAUUGGAGUUCAUCCAGAGUGGCAUCAGCGAAGGUGCCAAGCUGGAGUGUGGAGGCAAAGCUCUGGGCGUGAAGGGCUUCUUCAUUGAGCCCACUGUGUUCUCCAACGUGAGGGACGACAUGCGAUUUGCCAGAGAAGAGAUUUUUGGACCAGUGCAGCAGAUCAUGAAGUUCAAAACGAUGGAGGAAGUGAUCGAGCGGGCCAACAACACACACUACGGUUUGACGGCCGCGGUCUUCACAAGCGACAUCAACAAAGCCAUGACCGUAUCUACAGCCAUGCAGGCUGGCACUGUCUGGAUAAACUGCUUCAACGCUCUCAGCACACAGUGUCCGUUCGGAGGAUAUAAAAUGUCUGGCAACGGACGUGAAUUGGGCGAGAGUGGCCUGAGGGAGUACACGGAGGUGAAGACCAUCACCAUGAAGAUGGUUGCCAAGAACUCUUAAGGCAUCCUCCUGUUUUCGGAGGAGGAGGUAGCAUCUUCCUCAAUACUGACAGGUGACAAAUCAUCAAACUCUCUGCACGGUGACUUCAGGCUCUGACCGCCCUCCGCCCCCUCGACCGCCCUCCCCCCCUCGCACCCCUCGGACAGUCGGCCGGCCCCAACGCGACGGCUUCCGGCCGACCUGAGCGCGUGCGCCGGACAACCGCAGAAGCGCCCUGUUUGCUUCCUCCACUAACUCCACUAAAGCACUCACAAAGACAACGGGCCAGACCCCAAUAACCUCCAACCGCUCCAAAACCGGCACCGUCCCCACCCGUGCAGACGCCGUCGCCGCAUUUGCAGUCCAACGUUUCCUUCCCGCCUGUGUCACAGGCAGUGCCGUCAAACCUCAAGCGUUGUCGCUUAUCGCUAGAAUUUAUGCAAGCAUGUGCCCCGAGUUCAAAACCUCUGAUGAUGUCAUCAGCGUCAGUUAUGAAUGGAUCAAACGUUAAUUGCGAAUUGAUUUCUAAUUGUCUUUGUUUUAACUUGACUUAACACUGUACGUUGACUUUGAUUUGAACCUUUUUUUUUUAAAAAAAAACAAAAAACGUUUGACUCUCACCUGCUAAAAGAGGGCUAGAUGUCUUUGAAUGUUAUGUAACUGAUUGUCAUUGAUGUCCAUCUAUGUUAUGUUUAUACAACCAUAUGAUAUAAAAUUAUAAAAAUGACCAUAGGGGUUUUUUUCAGUAAAAAAAAAAAAAAUUCUGUAAA